CGUACGAUUUUUCAUCCUCCCAACUUUCACCUGCAUCCCCAGUAGAAGGGUUUUAUUUAUCACACAAUCCUCCUCGUCACUCCUGUCGCCUCUCCUUGAUCACUCCAUAUUCCGCUUGCGCUCAGCUCACUUUCCAGCAACGGAGUUUAUCUUGGAGUUUUUGAGAUCACCAUGAAGUCUUUCACAUCCCCGAAGGCGUCCUCCCGCCCCGUCCUCAGAAUCACCAUCCCGACAGUCAAAGAUACAGCUCCAUGGCACACCAUGACACUAGUAUUGCAAUCUUCGAGACCUUCUGCGUUUUCGUGGAGACGAUUGCUUCGUCCCUCACGGAGAAACAAGUCCUUCCGUGACGGCGAAACACAUCUCACCGAAGAUCUUACUUCACCGUCUGACACGCUUGUCGAGUCUCCGAUCGAGGAGAAAUUGACUAGUCCGAAAAUGGUCCGUUUCGAUGACUCGCCAACAUACAUCCGCACCAGGCGCCGAAUCAAACCCCACAAGUCGCCCACUCCCAAGGGGUCAUUGCGUUCCUGUCUUGUCAUAAAUAACACCGACCCCUUAAAAGAGGUUCUUUCGGAUGACGAUGACGAGGUCUCCGUAUAUGAAGACUGCCUUACAUACUACCCUGGCUUCUUCAAGGACAUGGAAGAUCUCCUGGAGCGCGAACAUCUCAAGCAGAUGGAAAUCGCAAAGUCGCGUUCCCCUUCUUGGGAUCUCACUGAAUUUGGCUGCACAAAGAUGGAUCCGCAAGAGUAUCUAAGCUCCUGCUUGGCUAAGCAAGCAGAGAAAAAAUCACGACAAGACAUUGAAGGGUGGAGGAAGGUCGUCUAUGACCAUCCGAUGACGUUACGCUGGCCCAGCCGGGAGAUUACCGAGCGGCCAGUUCAGGAACCUUCAUUUAUUCCGAUAACGCCCCCGCAACUUUUCGUUCCAGAGCCCACACCAGUAACUCUUAAUUGGCAUCAGCAGAUUGUAUGCGAUGUCACUGACAUGCUGAUUUCGCUAUGCAUUGGACUUACCAUUCACAUGUGCAUCUAUAUUUUGGGCAUCUAUUGUUUCUUUAGUGGCGUCUUUCUGGAUGAAGAGUAGCAGCCAUCGAUAUUCAGGGGAUCGUGAAGUCUAUUAUUUUUAUAUUUAGCGUUUAGCACAUCGAUGUACUAUUAUGUAAAUCAAUACUUGUCAUAUUUGUUUGGACCUAUUGAAACCACAAGGUGACGCCUUCCUUUCUCGAUACAUAGAUUUCU